CAGGGGGAGCGCGGUGCCGCAGUUGUCAGGGCAAUGGCGUCUUAUCUCCUGCGAAGAGCUCUCUGCUGCUGCUCCGCUGCGGCACGGAGAGAUAUAGCGCUAGAGCAGCUUCUGCGGGGAAGAUCCAGGAGCUGAAGGGCUGAGGAGAAAAUUCUGAACGUGUUUUACAGCGAGGAGGAAUCUGAGUGAUGCUGGGGAAGGAGGCGGCUGGCUGGAUUAUGGGAUAUUCCUACCACUAGUGUUUACUUGGAUUAUGUCGCAGCGUUACGUUAAACGAGAAUGUAAAUAUUGACUCCCGUGAGUAACGCAUAUUCCCCAGGGCUAGCAAGAUAACCUAGCUAACAGUUAGGUUAAUUUAGCUAAAUUCGUCCUAAAGACAACUUAGUGUGUGGUUGCUGCAAGUUAACUAUGUGUAUCAUUUAGAAGAACGUGACUACUUGCUAACUACCUAUUUUAUGUACUAGUUGGCUAGUUAACUAGCUAGCUAACAAGCUGUUUGGUUCAUCUGAGCUCCAAAAGCUAUCUUAGCUGGCUAAGCUAACUAACUAGCGGAGAAGCUAUAUCACUGUUGGCUGUGUGACGUAGUUACAUAGCUCGCUGGCUAUGUAUGUUUUCAUGCGUAAACUUUAAGCAGCUGCAGCUGCAGCCACCAGCUGUGUUUCUCUGUGUGCUGCUGAUGCACAGCAGCUCUGAUCUGUCAGUCAGCUCUGUGCUCUGUAUAAGGUCUGUCCAGGGUCUGAGUAACGUUAGUUGAAUUAAACGCCUUAACAGGCCAGGAUUUUUGUGCUUGACCUUACUCCACUAAAUCUUGAGUUUUUUUAAUCAAGCAUUACAUAAAAAGCUCUCAUGUUUGAUAAGGAAAAUUACUGAAAAGCAUAAUUGUAAUUGAAAUAGAAAAUAUAAUAAAACAAAUAAUAUAAAUGAUAAAAUCAUAAAAUUGUCUCUUUCCUAAACUUCAUUUUAAAGUCAAUAUUGUCCUGAAUACAAAUCAAACAGUUCUUGUCCUCUAAACCUUUAGUUUUGUUAGGUUUGUCUAGUUUAAAACAUCUAUAAAUCUAUUUUUAAACAUGCAGAAUUUGGGUUGAUUCCUGUUGCUGAUCUGGAAUUAUUAAGUGGAGUAGAGAGUGGACAAGCAGCGUCCAGCCCAAGUGUACUAUAGGAUUUUUAGAAUGUAAAUACGUUAUUUUACUGCAGAAAAAGGUUUUGUAUCACCUAUAUCUAUAGCCUGUAUACGGGUCAAGGCAUGUUUAGGGGUUAAACCCCCACUAGAUAAAUGCAACUUCUGUAACAUCCAGAAAAAUGAUGGAACCUCAGGAAAACACCAAUGAUGAGGACACGCCACCCCCAGUCCCGCCGCCCCCGCUGCCCCGACAGCGGAUCCCGGUGCAGAAGAGCAGCGUGUGUUCACGGUCCUACUUCAUGGUGGUCAUGGUCUUCUUCCACGUGUACGUCCUCAAUGUUAUUGCACUGCUGCUGUACGUGCACUACAACAGUGGAUCAGAUGAGGGCAGGUCCAGCAGGGAUUUCAGCAGCAGGAGCAGCAGCGGCCACAAAGUAGCUGAACCGCCGGACUCGCAGCCUCCGGACCCGGGCUUCACAAGAACAAUGCACCUUCCACGACUGGAAGGAAUACGGGUUGGCCAUGUCCAGAAAGUGUCUUUAGUGCCAGGAAAAGUGCAUGAGAUGAAGACUCUCAGCCUAAAGCCGCUGCUUUUUGAAAUCCCUCAUUUCCUCUCAGACGAGGAGUGUGCUGUGGUUCUGCGCUUAGCUCAGCUGAAGGGUCUGAUGGAGAGUCAGGUAAUGGUGCCUGAGGGACAGGAAGAGCUCAACCAGCAACUCAACCUUAGCCCUGAAGAAAUUUUCCAUUUGCUUGACCUCAACCAGGAUGGCCAGCUGCAGCCGCAUGAGAUUCUGACACAUUCUCGAGUGAGAGAUGGAAUCUGGCUGACUCCUGAGAAUCUUAGGGAGAUCUAUGCUGGCCUCAAAGCUGACCAUGAUGGAAACGGCCUGUUGAGUUUAGAGGAGUUUGGACAGCUAAGCAGUGAUGCGUUUCAGCGUUUCCUUUAUCAGCGUGGGGUGAAGAGGAGUCAGUUGGUGAGGAACAGCAGACACACGUGGCUUUAUCAGGGACAGGGAGCACACCAGGUCCUCAGAGAGCUCCGUAACAGAGUCAUGCGUUUAACAAGGCUCCCUCCUUCUCUGGUGGAGUUGAGCGAGCCUCUUCAGGUUGUGCGGUACGAGCAAGGCGGUCACUACCAUGCCCAUCAUGACAGCGGACCAGUGUACCCUGAGACAACCUGCACACACACACUACUUGCUGCCAACACCACCUCACCCUUCCAAACGUCUUGCAGGUACAUUACUGUACUGUUCUACCUGAACAAUGUAGAGGAAGGAGGAGAGACCACUUUUCCUGUGGCAGACAACAGAACCUAUGAGGAAGUGUCACUUAUACAAAACGAUGUAGACCUGUUGGACACGAGAAAGCACUGUGAUAAAGGCAACCUGAGAGUAAAGCCCAGCAGGGGGACAGCGGUAUUCUGGUACAACUAUCUCUCUGAUGGCAGAGGCUGGGUGGGGGAGCAGGAUGAGUACUCUCUACAUGGAGGCUGUAAGGUCACUAAAGGGAUAAAAUGGGUGGCUAACAACUGGAUCAACGUAGAUCCUGACUACCAUCGACAAGCCCGCUACCAGCAGCUCGUCUCCCAACAGGAAGAGUCUCAGGAGCAGCAGACAGACACGAACUCAGAGCAGUACAAACACACACACCAAGACCUGUAAACACAAAUAUGAACACACAUAGGGGUGUAACGGUAUACAAAAGUCAGGGUUUUAUUCACAAUGGGGUUUUGGAGCUUAUAGUUCUGUCAAGAACUUGUGAAAUUUGGUUCUGUAUUAUGAACAUCGGUCUUUAUUCACAGAGUGGACGGGUCAUCCAUAGCUUAACUUGUAUCCUUCUUGUGACAGGGCUCCUCUAAUUGUGACAGUUUGAAGUAUGAAUACACCAUUACACCCCUAUUUACACAAGGAUUUAUCAUCACUAUAUGAAGCAGUUAAUACAGACACAUGUAAACCAAGUGAACACAUAUACAUGAAUUUGCACAUAUGCACUCAGGCACAUGCAACACACACAGACACUUUUUUUUUUAGCACAUGGAACAUAUUAAGCACUCAGUAUCACACACCACAGGGGUAUUCGGUAAUUCAGCACAGUAAUGAUUUCCCUGCUCAGGCACACCUUGGUCAACCCACAUUUAAUUAGUGUAUUAAUGCAGUAAAAUUAGUUUUAUCUCCCACUCUUAUGUUUUAAGUUUAUGUCCCAUUCCCACAGCUCUAGAAUGUUGUCCAGUCUUUUGCACUUAACUAGGUUGUCUCCCUUCCUCACACUGUCUUAGAAUGUUCUCACCAAUUCACACUUUACUACAGAUUUCUCUCCCAUUACCAAUGUUCUUCUAUGUAAUGACACAUUCCUACUUCUCUAAUGCCCAGCUCAAACUACACAAGAUUUUUGUCUCUCACGAUGUUUCCUAUGUCAGAUUAAGCAGUCAUCUUUAUUUCGUGUCUCACUCGUUAACUGGCAACACUACACGUUAGUCUUUUAUUGGACGGUUGCACGGCAUUGCUCAAGUCAAAUUACUGCUUUUUGACUAUGUAAUAUUACACAGACCUUUGGCUCAAAAUCGGGCUAAAUUUGUGUAGUCUGAUCCAGGGAUAAAAUGUUCUUUCUUUCAUACUGUACUAGAUAGAAUGUUAUAUCCUUUCUUCACACUGAAUGUUCUCCCCAUUCAAAGCCCAAAUACACAUAAAAUCUGUUUUUUUCUAACCGGAUAGAAACCACAUGUGAAGGUGGUUUAAAAUGUGAUAACAAAUGUUUAAUCUCUAAUUGAUUCUACAGCUGUGCAGCUGUUUAGAAAAUGUGUUUAGAACCCAAAGCAGCACCACAAAUGUAUAUAGCCUUAAUGUAUGUCCAUACCUAAUGUUAGAUUUACAACCAAAAUAAUACUGAACAACACUAAACACAAAUGCACCCCUUUAACAAAUAUAUACACUCAUUGUAGACAUACAUCUACAUAGACACUGACCCUUAUAUGGAUACCCACAUACACCCGUAGCUACACAUAGUGAACACAGUCACCCUUUGACCUGCACGAUAUACAGUAUUAUACAGCCUAUGGUCCCAUAUAUAGCCUGCACAUUUAAAACUGAGUAAAGCUUUACCUUAUCCUUCCCUAGACUAGACAUGUUGUGUGUAAGGUUGGAUUCAGGGAGAUGGAACUUGAGAUUUAUGCAAUUGUGAAAGACAAUGUUUGUAUUUCUGUUGCACUCUGUAGAGCAGCGGUUGCCAAUUCUGCUUAUGGAGAUCGACCUUUCUGCAGGGUUCAUCUCUAACCUUGAUAUGUCUCUCUGCUGCCACAGCUUAAACAUUCUAAUCAAACCAAUCAGUAGACAUUCCAAGGAUAUUAAGGAUAUUUGCAUACAAUUAGGUUUCAAUGUUAAAAUUCCAUCACAUUUUUACAUAGUGAUCCUCGUUUCAGGGCAUCAUAAUAUUACAGGCAUAGCAAUCAUACAGUAGGUACAUUAAAGCAGUCAUAUGUAGUACACUGACACAUCUGCAUGCAGUGACUUUUCAACAAAUUAGAAACAGCCUUCAGAUGUAAGUCUUGGCGAUUUGGUAAAAUAUUAUAUCAAGACAUUUUAAAGACAAUUUCACAUUACACAAAAAGGCAUUUACUGAUAAGGAGAAAUGAGGGGAACUGUGUAAAAAAUAUUUUCAAUUUCCAAACAUGGUGAAAUCAAAAUGCAUUCACAUAGCAUAAAAUAUCAAUUUGGAAUGUGUACUCAUUAUGAAUCUUGCCAUAUUAUGUCAUAUGAACAUGACAUUUUCAGUUGUGGGGCAAGAUAAAAGUAUUUCUUUGUCCCAAACAUUAUGGAGGGUUAUGUAUCUCUAACAGAUGUGCUGACCACUGCUCUAGGGUACUAGGCACCAUUAUUUAUUCAUGGGAAUGCAGCCAUAUUUUAUAACCUUUGUUUACAUAUUUAUGCACUACAAUACCUCCUAAGGAGUGUGAAAGAAUGUUCACUUGAGAUUUGAUAAAAUACAUAUAUAUGUAAAUGUAUAUGUUACAGUAUGUCUGAGGGAAACAGAUGUCGUCAGCAUCAGCUGGUUAAAGUUCAGUUUUUAGGAAAUCUGUUUAGCGUUAUUGAUGUGUUAAAAAAUUGAUCAAGCACCACUUUCCACUGAUGUGAUGUGUCUCUUACAGUCAAUUCCUCAGUGAAAAAGCAUGUCUAAUCUGAUCCUUGCACAAAGUCAUACCCUCUCCUGGGAUUGUGAUUAUAUUUGACCUAUUUAUGUUUAUUAUAUUUAUUUAUUUAGUAAAUUGUCCUUUUUAUCACCUGCAUCCAAAGACGUCUGACAGCUGGUUGGACAGAUUAGUUUUAUUUAUAAAGUUAUUUAUUGUAGCAAUGUUCAGUGUUCUCCGAAUGCAAAGUCACAAAUAAAAAAUGCUUUUAUCUUUAAA